UUUAUCCACCUUGCUGAACUCAAUGUGAUUGUGUGUUCUAUAUGCAAGUGGGCAGUAUUGGCGGAUGAAGUGGUAUCGCAUCUAGGUCAAGAAAAGCACCGCCGAGCAUUCACAGCGCGACAAAGGCGGGAGAUCAGGGAUAGGAUCUAUGAAAUCCCACGAAUUUUGAGGCGACAGGAAGACUUAGACGACUUUCGAUUUCCCGCCCCAACUGAUCCGUCACUACCACAUAUUGCACCUCCGGCAACAGAUGGGUUAAGGUGUGAUGAGUGUGGAUAUGUACUUCGAGCAAGGAGUCACAUGCUGACGCAUUGCCGAGAUGAACAUGGCUGGAGUAAUAACUGGACUAGAGGGGGCAAUGUGAAGCUGCGGGCUACGAGGCAACGGAGUCUGCCGUGGACAACUGGGGUGCAUUAUCAACGAUUGUUUCCAUCGCGCCGUGCAAGUAGAUGCUUUGAGGUUAGUAAGUAGAUGGGAUGCCCGCGCUCCUAGCAGAGCGUUGAAUAUAGCACAGCCCGA